AGGAGAAGAGGAAGGAGGCUGAUUCCGGGCUGGGUCCCCAUUCAUUGCCGCGGCCAGCCGGGCGGGGGUCCCGAGGUUUUCCGAGCCAUGGAGGCGCUAAUCCCUGUUAUCAACAAGCUCCAGGACGUCUUCAACACGGUGGGCGCGGACAUCAUCCAGCUGCCCCAGAUCGUCGUGGUAGGAACUCAGAGCAGUGGAAAGAGCUCAGUGCUAGAAAGCCUAGUGGGGAGGGACCUGCUUCCCAGAGGUACUGGUAUUGUCACUCGGAGACCUCUCAUUCUGCAGCUGGUCCAUGUUUCACCAGAAGAUAAACGAAAAACAUCAGGAGAAGAAAAUGACCCUGCUACAUGGAAAAACUCAAGACACCUUUCUAAAGGAGUAGAAGCAGAAGAAUGGGGUAAAUUUCUUCACACCAAAAAUAAGCUCUACACAGAUUUUGAUGAAAUUCGACAAGAAAUUGAAAAUGAAACAGAAAGAAUUUCAGGAAAUAAUAAGGGAGUAAGCCCUGAACCAAUUCAUCUUAAGAUUUUUUCACCCAAUGUUGUCAAUCUGACACUUGUGGAUUUACCAGGAAUGACCAAGGUGCCUGUAGGUGAUCAACCUAAGGAUAUUGAGCUUCAAAUCAGAGAGCUCAUUCUUCGAUUCAUCAGUAAUCCCAAUUCCAUUAUCCUUGCUGUCACUGCUGCUAAUACAGAUAUGGCAACAUCAGAGGCACUUAAAAUUUCAAGAGAGGUAGAUCCAGAUGGUCGAAGAACCCUAGCUGUAAUCACUAAACUUGAUCUCAUGGAUGCGGGUACUGAUGCCAUGGAUGUAUUGAUGGGAAGGGUUAUUCCAGUCAAACUUGGAAUAAUUGGAGUAGUUAACAGGAGCCAGCUAGAUAUUAAUAAUAAGAAGAGUGUAACUGAUUCAAUCCGUGAUGAAUAUGCUUUUCUUCAAAAGAAAUACCCAUCUCUGGCCAACAGAAAUGGAACAAAGUAUCUUGCUCGCACCCUGAACAGGCUACUGAUGCAUCACAUCAGAGAUUGCUUACCAGAGUUGAAAACAAGAAUAAAUGUUCUAGCUGCUCAGUAUCAGUCUCUUCUAAAUAGCUAUGGUGAACCUGUGGAUGAUAAAAGUGCUACUUUACUCCAGCUCAUUACCAAAUUUGCCACAGAAUAUUGUAACACUAUUGAAGGAACCGCAAAAUACAUUGAAACUUCAGAGCUAUGCGGUGGUGCUAGAAUUUGUUACAUUUUCCAUGAGACUUUUGGGCGAACCUUAGAGUCUGUUGACCCACUAGGUGGCCUUAACACUAUUGACAUUUUGACUGCCAUUAGAAAUGCUACUGGUCCACGUCCUGCUCUGUUUGUGCCUGAGGUUUCAUUUGAGUUACUGGUCAAACGGCAGAUCAAACGUCUUGAAGAGCCCAGCCUUCGUUGUGUGGAAUUGGUUCAUGAGGAGAUGCAAAGGAUCAUUCAGCACUGUAGCAAUUACAGCACACAGGAAUUGUUGCGGUUCCCUAAGCUUCACGACGCCAUCGUUGAAGUAGUGACUUGUCUUCUUCGUAAAAGGCUGCCUGUUACAAAUGAAAUGGUCCAUAACUUAGUGGCAAUUGAGUUGGCUUAUAUCAACACCAAACAUCCGGACUUUGCUGAUGCUUGUGGGCUAAUGAACAAUAAUAUAGAGGAACAAAGGAGAAACAGACUAGCUAGAGAAUUACCUUCAGCUGUAUCACGAGACAAGUCUUCUAAAGUUCCAAGUGCUUUGGCACCUGCCUCCCAGGAGCCCUCCCCUGCUGCUUCUGCUGAGGCUGAUGGCAAGGUCUGUUCUGAUUCUUAAUCUAAGCCUGCAUGCCUAGUUAUUUGGUGCAACAUAAUCUUUUGGUGACAGUACACUCAAUAGGAUGAAUAUUAAUAUGGGAAACUGUGUUAAGAUCAGAUCUUUUUUAGAAUUUUAAAAUAUUACAUUGCAUACUUUAUUUUGCUUGCAAUGCAGAAUACGCACAUCAAAAAGGAGUAGUUUAAAGUGGAUAUUAUCCUGUACCUUUUGAAUUUCAAGUCAUUGUUAUUUAAAUUUUGCUUGUUAAAUUGCAUGUUUUAACAUAUCUUUUAACAGUUAAUUCAGGACAACAGAAGAGAAACUAAAAAUGUGAGUCUCUUGCUUUAGAAUGGAAAUGUUGGUACUUUG